CAGAUGACUCAUUUUAGCUUGUGUUCUGUGAAGCAAAAAUCAUAUUCGUUUCAUGUAGUUUAGUUGACAAACCACGAUUCGCGGUCAUUGGCUUAUACUAUAUAAUACAACGAACCGCAAAGUACUCUGUAUUUAAAGUGAUUGCUAUACAGGAAAACCGUACAUAUGUAAAUAUGUCUAGGGUUUAUGAGUGAUGGAUCCACUUGUCGCUAUUUAGAUAUGACAUUCGGUGGCCCAACACAUCACCAGCUAUGCAGGUAUUUCUCUUCGAUAGUCUGAAAAAGCAAAAAGUGUCGUCCUAACGUUAUAGAGGAUUCAGCGAUCUUCAACUCCAAUUUAAUAUAAACUUCGUUCAUCACCUUCACGUAGCACAGAAACGAUAUCAUACUUUUCCUCUUCCGGAAAGCGUACCAGACAAAAGUAUGCCACAUACCUAUCGCCACAAAAGGAUAAUUCUGUCCUGAUUAGUGAGAAAUGACGAUGUUGUGGUGGAAACGUCAAUCGGUACUGUUUGGCUGGUUGGCCAACCAGGUAUAUAUUGGAUACCAAGUUAAACUGUGUAUGCCCAAGGUUAACAGAAAUCAAUGGUCAUCUGUGAGACCAUUAACGGAAGAUAUAUGCCCACAAUUGUUUCUACGUGGUAACAAUGCCAGUGGCACUUUAUUCCCUCAUAACAACCAGGUAAUAAUUCCACUUCCAACAACGUCAAGAAGUUUGCAGGAGGCGAGGACAGUCAGGUCAGAUGUAGUUGACUUCAUUGAAGGUGACGUACUUCUCGGCAAUCUUGCUGGACACAGCAGUGAUGCUCGUGUACCAAUCAUGGCGCAUCCGCCAGACACAACGUCUGACAUUCUGUUUAGCGAAUGGAUACGGCUUGUUAAGGAAAGCAGAACUUCAAAGGGUAUUAAAGUCGAUUUUAAAGAUUUCGAUGCUGUUGAGUCCUGCCUUUCCGAUAUAGCCAUAACUAUUCCGACGCCGCUGAAUCAUGAGCUGUGGCUGAAUGCAGACGUCUUAGUAGGGCCCGGUGAACCGAAGGGAACAGCCUUGCCAGCAGAGGCUUUUGUCGAUAUUUGCACAAGGAAUGGCCCCGCGGGCCAUGUACUUUCAAUUGGAUGGACCACGGAACUGGCGGGCACGCCACAAGAAGUACCCUCAGUCUACUCGUGGAAAAACAUUUUUCAGAUGAUUCGACUUCUAGACAAAGUUCCCCGUGAAACAGUUGUCACAUUUCCAGUGCGUCUUUCGCAUCUUGUGUUUGCUCCGUUGACACUUCUACUCAGCGUCAAGAGCGCUACCUCGCUGACUGUGUGGUCACACGCAGGUGACCCGUUACCAAAAUAUGAAGUGAUGACGUUCCUCUUAUGGGCUUACCCUAAUCGAAUCUAUAUUGAUCUAUCGGAAGAACAUGUUCGGCGCGUCAUGGACCUUCUCGAAAGCCUCAGAAAAGUUGUUGUGCUUACGUCAACGAUGAAAGUUAUUACUUGGAACACGACCGAUGCAGCUGCAUCACAGCGUGCUCCCUGGGGUAGUCCCUAUGCAAUCGUCGUAUCAGGCCCGGGCUCGAUAACCGUUGAAGUAGCAGAUCCUUGUCGGCUUAAAUCGGUUGGAAUCAGCGGUGAUCUCACUCAAAUAGCGAGUCACAGCAAAGAUUUAGGACGUUGUCUAGACAUGAAAACACUUGUAGACGACAUGACUUUGUUAUCUCAAGUGACGCUGACAUUUAUUGGAUCAGGAGAAGUCGUUCUGUUUGUGGAACAGCCGAUUCCAUAAGCUUCAAAAUAAAUCUAGUGCUGCGGAACUCA